GCUAGGACUGCAUAAGAAAAAAAAACAAGAGAACUGACUUCUCUUGUUUUGUACGGAAAGCUGUGCUAGUUUAGUAUAUUGUUCGCUCCAAAGCCAAAUCCAAAACCAAAGGCAAAACGAGAAAAAAAAUGGGGUUUCUAUGGACAGUAGCAGAGGUAUUUGUGGCCCUAAUUGUUGUUAUUGCUUCCCUAUUACUCACCGCAAUCAUCUUUGAAUCCUAUAAAGGAAGACACAACAACAAGCACGUUGAUUCUCAUGUUAUAUUCGAGGAUCCGAAUUCGUUGAAUCAGGUUCCAUGCCCCUAUAUCCAUGAUCCAGCAGAAAAGUACAUAUCUUUGAUUAUUCCUGCAUUUAAUGAAGAGUAUAGGCUUCCUGGAGCACUUGAUGAAACCAUGAAUUAUCUUCAACAACGUGCGGCAAACGAUAAAUCUUUUACUUAUGAGGUGGUGAUCGUUGAUGAUGGAAGUUCUGAUGCAACAAAAAGAGUAGCUUUUGGCUUUGUUAAAAAAUAUUCAGUGGACAAUGUAAGGGUUAUCCUUCUAGGGAAAAAUCAUGGCAAGGGAGAAGCUAUACGAAAAGGCAUGCUUCAUUCACGUGGUGAAUUGCUUUUAAUGCUGGAUGCUGAUGGUGCAACCAAGGUUAAUGACCUUGAGAAACUUGAAAAUCAGAUUCAUGCAGUUGCGAACAAGGAGAUUCAUUUAGGAGAUUCAGCAGCUACAGAUUCAAUUCACAGAAUAUCUGAUGUCCCAAUUGCAGCAUUUGGUUCUCGGGCUCAUCUUGAGGAGAAGGCUUUGGCAACAAGGAAGUGGUACCGCAAUUUUCUAAUGAAGGGCUUCCAUCUUGUGGUCCUCUUAAGUGCCGGUCCUGGGAUCCGUGACACACAGUGUGGUUUUAAGAUGUUUACCAGGGCUGCAGCUAGGAAACUUUUCACAAACAUCCGGCUGAAAAGAUGGUGUUUUGAUGUAGAGGUGGUUUAUCUAUGCAAAUGGUUUUCUAUUCCUAUGAUUGAAAUUUCUGUAAACUGGUCUGAGAUUCCUGGAUCCAAGGUGAAUCCAUUAAGCAUUCCAAACAUGCUUUGGGAGCUCGCAAUCAUGUCCAUUGGGUACAGGACUGGAAUGUGGGAGAUUUGCAAAUGAGUAUCAAUCAUUAUGAAGUUCUCUUAAUUAAGAACUGUUCUGAUCUUCCUACUUCUGAUGUUUUGUGAUUCUUGAUAAAGGAAGACGAAGAUGACUCCAUCCUCAAGUGCAAAAGCAUCUUUGGAAGCACAUUUUUGAGGGGAAAUUUAUAAUUUGUGAGCUUGAAAUGCAAGUCAUAAUCUAACCCUUCCAAUUUAGAUUGUAGCACCACUUGAAUGGCUAUAUAUAUAUAUAUAUAUAUAUAUUUCUUUUCUCUGUUCUCA